CAACUGGCUUGCUAGUUGCGAGAUAGGAACUCCCAGCUCGGGUUCUCUGUCCCUGCCUGGCUGCGAUCACUGUCGGCCGUGGCAGGAAUCAGCGGUGACCGGAAAAAGGAAAGUUUACAGAAGUAUUUUGCGGUCUACAUAGUUAAUAAGUUUUCCUUUGAGGCGAAGGGACACACAUUGCCCAGCGGGCUUGGUAACUGGUGAACCAUCUUGGUGAAUGGGAUUUUUGCCUUGAUUUCCUAAGGAAGUUUGGGUUGCACAGACAGUUGGCUAGCUAACUUAGCUAGCUUCGACGGAUUGCUAAGUGCCAUGGCGUCCACGGUAACGCUGGAGGAUGCCCUGUCCAAUGUGGACCUUCUGGAGGAGCUGCCCCUCCCGGACCAGCAGCCCUGCAUCGAACCCCUGCCCUCCUCCCUCAUUUACCAGCCCAACUUCAACACCAACUUUGAGGAUCGGAAUGCCUUUGUCACCGGCAUCGCCAGAUACAUUGAGCAAGCCACCAUCCACUCCAGCAUGAAUGAGAUGCUGGAGGAGGGACAGGAGUAUGCUGUGAUGCUGUACACCUGGAGAAGCUGCUCACGGGCUAUACCCCAAGUAAAAUGCAAUGAGCAGCCCAACAGAGUGGAGAUUUAUGAGAAGACUGUGGAGGUCCUGGAGCCAGAGGUCACCAAGCUUAUGAACUUCAUGUACUUCCAGCGUACCGCGAUCGAUCGUUUUUGCGGAGAGGUGCGCCGUCUGUGCCACGCCGAGCGGAGGAAGGACUUUGUGUCGGAGGCGUACCUGCUGACCCUGGGGAAGUUCAUCAACAUGUUCGCCGUGCUGGACGAGCUCAAGAACAUGAAGUGCAGCGUGAAGAACGACCACUCCGCCUACAAGAGAGCUGCCCAGUUCCUCAGGAAGAUGUCGGAGCCCCAGUCAAUUCAGGAGUCUCAGAACCUGUCCAUGUUCCUGGCCAACCACAAUAAAAUCACCCAGUCUCUGCAGCAGCAGUUGGAGGUCAUCAACGGCUACGACGAGCUCCUCGCCGACAUCGUCAACCUGUGCGUGGACUACUACGAGAACAAGAUGUACCUCACACCCAACGAGAAGCACAUGCUGCUUAAAGUCAUGGGUUUUGGUUUGUAUCUGAUCGACGGGGCCAAUAGCAAUAUUUACAAACUGGAAACCAAGAAGAGGAUAAACCUGUCCAAGAUUGACAAGUUUUUUAAGCAACUCCAGGUGGUGCCGCUCUUUGGUGACAUGCAGAUCGAGCUGUCACGCUACAUCAAGAACAGCGCGCACUUUGAGGAGAACAAGUCCAGGUGGUCCUGCACGUCGACGGGCAGCAGCCCCCAGUACAACAUCUGUGAGCAGAUGCUGCAGAUCCGCGACGACCACAUGCGCUUCAUCUCUGAGCUGGCGCGCUACAGCAACAGUGAGGUGGUGACGGGGUCUGGACGCCAGGAGUCCCAGAAGACUGAUUCUGAGUACAGGAAGCUGUUUGACCUGGCCCUGCAGGGCCUGCAGCUUCUGUCCCAAUGGAGUGCCCAUGUCAUGGAAGUGUACUCUUGGAAGCUGGUGCACCCGACAGACAAGUACUCCAACAAGGAGUGCCCUGACAAUGCAGAAGAAUAUGAGAGAGCCACCAGAUACAACUACACCAGCGAGGAGAAGUUUGCUCUGGUGGAGGUGAUGGCCAUGAUCAAGGGUCUGCAGGUGCUGAUGGGUCGCAUGGAGAGCGUCUUCAACCACGCCAUCCGCCACACCAUCUACUCCGCCCUGCAGGACUUCGCCCAGGUCGCCCUAAGGGACCCCCUGCGCCAGGCUAUCAAGAAAAAGAAAAAUGUCAUCCAGAGUGUUCUCCAGGCUAUCAGAAAGACCAUUUGCGAUUGGGAGACGGGACGAGAGCCCCACAAUGACCCUGCGCUCCGUGGAGAGAAAGACCCCAAGGGGGGGUUCGACAUCAAAGUGCCCCGACGUGCCGUGGGACCGUCCAGCACACAGCUGUACAUGGUACGGACCAUGCUCGAGUCCCUCGUCGCCGACAAGAGCGGCUCCAAGAAGACGCUUCGCAGCAGCCUGGAGGGGCCCACCAUCCUGGAAAUCGAGAGGUUUCACCGCGAGUCCUUCUUCUACACCCUCCUGCUCAACUUCAGCGAGACUCUCCAGCAGUGCUGUGACCUGUCCCAGCUUUGGUUCCGGGAGUUCUUCUUGGAGCUGACCAUGGGCCGCAGGAUCCAGUUCCCCAUCGAGAUGUCCAUGCCCUGGAUCCUCACCGACCACAUCCUGGAGACCAAGGAGGCGUCCAUGAUGGAAUAUGUUCUUUAUCCCCUGGACCUGUACAACGACAGUGCGCAUUACGCACUCACGAAGUUCAAGAAGCAGUUCCUGUACGAUGAGAUAGAGGCUGAGGUGAACCUGUGCUUUGACCAGUUUGUCUAUAAACUUGCUGAUCAAAUAUUUGCCUACUACAAGAUUCUCGCUGGAAGCCUGCUCCUGGACAAGCGCUUGCGAGCCGACUGCAAGAACCAGAGCGCCAACAUCCCCUGGCCGGCCACCAACCGCUACGAGACCCUGCUGAAGCAGAGACACGUGCAGCUCCUGGGUCGGUCCAUAGACCUGAAUCGCUUGAUCACCCAGCGAGUGUCAGCUGCCAUGACCAAGUCCCUGGAGCUGGCCAUCAACCGCUUCGAGAGCGAGGACCUGACCUCCAUCAUGGAGCUGGACGGCCUUCUGGAGAUAAACCGCAUGACCCACAAGCUCUUGGGAAAGUUCCUGACGCUGGACAGCUUCAACGCCAUGUUCCGUGAAGCCAACCACAACGUGUCCGCCCCCUAUGGCAGAAUCACGCUCCACGUCUUCUGGGAGCUCAACUACGACUUCCUGCCCAACUACUGCUACAAUGGCUCCACUAACCGGUUUGUGAGAACUGUCCUGCCCUUCUCUCAGGAGUUCCAAAGGGACAAACCGCCCAACGCCCAGCCACAGUACCUGUACGGGUCAAAGGCUCUGAACCUGGCCUACAGCAGCAUAUUUGGGUUCUACCGGCACUUUGUGGGCCCGCCCCACAUCAAGGCCAUGUGCAGGCUGCUGGGUUACCAGGGUAUCGCCGUGGUGAUGGAGGAACUGCUGAAGGUCGUCAAGAGCCUGCUUCAGGGCACCAUCAUGCAGUACGUCAAGACCCUGAUGGAGGUGAUGCCCAAGAUCUGCCGCCUGCCCCGUCAUGAGUAUGGCUCCCCAGGAAUCCUGGAGUUCUUCCACCACCAGCUGAAGGACAUCGUGGAGUACGCCGAGCUGAAGACUGUGUGUUUCCAAAACCUGCGGGAGGUGGGAAAUGCCAUACUUUUCUGCCUGCUAAGUGAGCAGAGCCUGUCCCAGGAAGAGGUGUGUGACCUGCUGCAUGCUGCUCCUUUCCAGAACAUUCUACCCCGGGUCCAUGUUAAAGAGGGGGAGCGGCUGGAUGCUAAGAUGAAGCGUUUAGAGACCAAGUACACCGCCUUGCACCUGGUGCCCCUGAUUGAGCGCCUGGGAACCCCUCAGCAAAUCGCCAUCGCCAGAGAGGGGGACCUGCUGACCAAAGAGCGGCUGUGCUGCGGCCUGUCCAUGUUCGAGGUCAUCCUGACCCGCGUGCGUGGUUUCCUCGACGACCCCACCUGGCGGGGGCCGUUGCCGGGCAACGGAGUGAUGCAUGUCGACGAGUGCGUGGAGUUCCACCGGCUGUGGAGCGCCAUGCAGUUUGUCUACUGCAUCCCCGUCGGCGCCCAUGAGUUCACCGUGGAACAGUGUUUUGGGGAUGGGCUCCAUUGGGCUGGCUGCAUGAUCAUCGCCCUCCUUGGCCAACAGAGACGGUUUGACAUCCUGGACUUUAGCUACCACCUGCUGAAGGUCCAGAAACAUGAUGGCAAAGACGAGGUCAUCAAGAGUGUGCCUCUGAAGAAGAUGGUGGACCGCAUUCGCAAGUUCCAGGUACUGAACGACGAGAUCUUUGCCAUACUCAGCAAGUACCUGAAAUCGGGGGAUGGAGAGAACAUGCCAGUGGAGCAUGUGCGUUGCUUCCAACCACCAAUCCACCAAUCCCUGGCCAGCAACUGAAGUUUUAUUACUGCCACCUGCCAAUCCCUAGUCAGCGAUUGAAAUUCCAUUGUUGCUAUCCACCAAUCUCUGUCCGACUAACAUCCAAUACACCUAGAGUCCAUAACCUGGCCUGUCUGCCUUUAAGGCUGUCCCUGUUUUAGUCACUGUUCCAUCACUGAUUGUCAUUAUCAGCAAUGUAAACCUCUGCUGUCCCAGAGAAAUGAUCUCAUUUAACACGUGCCUUAUUAUGGAAGUGAAUAGUUAUCAUUUAAAUAUUUUUAUUAAUACCACACUUAUGUUUUAUACUUUAAAAAUAUCUAAAAGAUUUAGUAGGGGAGUGCUAAAUUAAUGCAGGUUUUUAGUACAUGGGUAUUUAAAGGGUUCUUUAGUGGUGAAGUACUGGUUGUGCACAAUGUAUCAAAUAAGUGGGAUUGCCAGUAUAAAGUUUUCUUUAUAGUUUUGAAUUUUCAUACACUUUUUCUAGGCAUUACCUUAAAUCAAGCUGAAAUCGGGAAUGUAACCAAGUUUUUACUCAUGUUAACCAUUUAUUGCCUCUGACUUCAAUUGUAAUCUCAUUUGAACUAAAUAAAUCAUCAUCUCUA